AUGCUGCCGCCAGAUGCCUGGCUAAUGGCAUGGUACACACAAAUUCAAAACAGCCCUUCGUUAGCUAUUUACCUACUUCUUGCCAUCCUCUGGCUAGAGAUGAAGCUCCUCUUUGUACUUUCUUUUUUGUUGCCCCUGGUUACUGCCAACAUUACUGGGGUCAACUCGCCUCCUCCACAGGACGGAAAUGAUUACUGUUGUGGAUUCGGAGGUGCCACUUGCAACCCAUGCUUGGAAUCAUGUGGGGUACAAUGCAAGACCAUGGAAGCAUUUUGCACCGACUUGGGGUACCAACGAUGCAAUACAGGUCCUGGUUCAAGUCUAAAUCACCAAACCUACCAAUACAGAUGCUGUGAUGCUGUUACAAACAUUCCCACUGUUUUUUGGGAUGGAGCAAACUGUAACAUUCCUAACCAGUCAAACUACUGUUCUGCUCAUGCCCUGAGAGAACCUCAGCUCGAUCAGAACAAGCCAUACUGCUGUUGGAGUGAAAAUGGCCGGAGAGCAUUACAACAGAACAACGACCCAUUUGGCUGUGCAGGUUCGUGUGAUCCAAACUGCCAUGAAAAUCAUCGCUGCUACAACCUGGAUAACUUUUGCUGGGAGACAUGGUAUUCCACUGGCCGCAUCGCCGUUCCAUGUGGGAAUGGAUGCUGUGAUGCCCAAACUGGAGACCCCGUGAACUUGGUGCCCGGUGGGACAACUAGCAGUACUUUUCAAGAGAUGUGUGAUUCCCGCGCAGCAACAACAUGUACUCCAGUAAGAGGCGGCAAAUCCUUUGGAGAUCCUCACUUCCAGAAGUGGUCAGGAGAAUAUUAUGACUAUCAUGGAGAGUGUGAUCUUGUAUUCCUGCAAUCACAGGGCAUUGAUGGUGGCAACACAAACCUUGAUAUUCACAUCCGUACAAAGGCUCGCUAUGGAUACUCCUACAUUGAAAGUGCUGCUGUCAAGAUUGGUGAUGAUGUCUUGGAAGUCUCCAGUUUUGGAGAAUACAUGAUCGAUAGCAUUUCCAAAGCAGGGACACCACUCAUAAUGGGAGACAAGUACAUGGUCAACCAUACCGAAAUUGAUGAUAAACACCACAAGUUUGACAUCCACCUUGGUGGCGAGGAACAGAUCAUUAUCACAACAUUCAAGGACAUGGUCAAUGUUGAACUGAAACAUGCAACAGCUAAUACAUUUGGAGCCAGUGUAGGACUCCUAGGUGAUUACCAUACUGGGGCAAUGUUGGCAAGAGAUGGCGUCACAGCCAUCAAAGAUCCAGAUCAAUUUGGACAGGAGUGGCAAGUCCAAUCUCAUGAAGACAAGCUAUUUCAGGCCAACAGAGCUCCACAACACCCACAAGUCUGCAAAUCUUCCGCCAAGACUGCCCAAGAACGCAGACUUAGGUUGGGUGAGAGUGUUGCACGUGAAGCAGCCGAGCGAGCAUGUGCUCACUGGGGAAGUUCCUUUGAGCAUUGUGUCCAUGAUGUCAUUGCCAUGAACGACCUGCAUAUUGCCAAGGCAGGACCCUUUUAG